AUGGCUGCCGACUCAGGCGACUUCGCUUGGAAAGACACGGAUAUCGACUUGGAACGGGAGUUGGGCGAGGUCAACUGGCCUGCCUUGGUCGACUACGCUCUCAUCAAGAAGCAGACGAUGCUCGGAGAUCCCGAAAUGCCCAUCGCCUGCCAGCUGGCCGAUAAGUAUAACGCAGGCGGCCGCAACGUCCUCCGGCUCCUCAGCUUCAGCGAUGACACCAAAUGGAUCGUCCGUCUGCGGCGUCGAGGGGGCGAGCUAAAGUCAUCGGACUGGGAGCUGCGUUUCCAUAGCGAAGUAGCUACAAUGCGGUUCCUCGCAGAGAAGACUCGCAUCCGAGUCCCGCAAGUGUACGCCUACGAGACCAGCGAGCUCAACCCCGUAGGCGCCGCCUUCAUACUCAUGGAAUUCCUAGACGGCAUUAACGCGAUCGACGCAUUCGGCGGCCUCGGCGGUGGUGGGCAAGUCCCCAAGGAGCACCACCCCUCCUUCUUCCCCGCCGUCGCUGAACUGCAGGCAGAGAUAUCCUCCGUCCGCUCCGCCAAGAUCGGCUCCAUCGUCCAGCUCGACGACGGCACCUAUGACAUCGGCCCAAUCCCGGACCUCGGCGGCCCCUUCUCCACUGCAGCUGAGUUUCUCGCAGCCUGGUGCCGCCGCACGCCUUUCAACCGCACCGCCAGCAACCUCCGCGCCGUCUGCGACCGCCAAGACCCUGACCUCGCCGAACCCCUCGUCGCCUCUGCCUUUGAUUUCCCAAAAAGGUUGGAGGAGCUCCUCCCGUCCAUGGCGCUCCGGCCAGGCCCCUUUCCGCUCAUGCACGGUGACUUCUCCCACCAUAACUUCCUCGUUGACGCGGCCAACCCGACGCAGAUCGCCGCGGUGGUGGACUGGGAGCAGAGCACGACGGUGCCGUGGGAGCUGCUGCGCUUGCCGCUGUUUCUGCCGGAUUUUCCGGAUUCGCUGUUGAGGAGUUGGGAGGUGAGGAUUGAUCGGGAUAAUGAGGCGCAGGCGGCUUUAAGGGCGGAGUAUAUUGGGUAUGUCGCGGAGGCGGAGAAGGUGAGGGGGUUGGAUAAGGAGCUUUCGAGUGUGCUGGGGGACAGGAGGUCCCAGGAUUUGGCGGUUGGUAUGGACUUUUGGGAGAACGAGGGAAAGCCAGUGUUAUAUGAGGCGGUGCUGGAGGCGUGGAAGGAACUCGAGGAAUCUGGGGAGGAGUAG